GUAUUAGGUGAGGAGAAGAGCCUCGGAGAUGAUGAAAUUUGGCUGUCGUCAUUGCUGCAGUACGGGUUCAGCCCCUAACUCCCGGGCACAGACGCUCAGGACCACGGUCUCCGUCACCAUGACAACAACAUCCCCUCCUUCUCCGCACGCGCUGCGCGCACUCCUCUUACGUCGCCUCCCAUUUUUGCAUCCCGGCGUCACCAUCCCCUCCUUCCCCGCACAGAAAGAUACCCACAUAACAACAUCAUUGCAUCAAGAGGAUAUAGCCAAAGACGAAAACGAAACGAAAAAAACAUGGCGCUCAUCCCCUCCCAAGUUUUAAGGGUAGCGAUCCUCCUCUCCUAUUUCUCCAUCCUCUGCAAUUAUAAAGCAGUUGAUAUGCCCGCUCAUCAAACUUACGGCGGUAGCUGGAAGUUUUUAACAUUCAUAGAUCUGGUGAUCCAGACAGUUUUCUUUGGGGUUUGUGUGCUCACUGACCUCUCCAGCCUGCUGACCAAGGGCAGCGAGAACCGGGAACAGGAGCAGCAGCUCCGUAAGCUGAUCAGCCUGAGAGACUGGAUGAUGGCGGUCCUCGCCUUCCCCGUCGGUGUGUUUGUGGUGUUCAUGUUCUGGACGCUGUACCUCUACGACAGAGACCUGGUGUAUCCUCGACUGCUGGACAACUUCAUUCCGCAGUGGCUGAACCACGGAAUGCAUACUACAGUGCUUCCAUUCAUCCUAAUCGAGAUGAGAACAACACACCACAAGUAUCCUAGCAGGUUCUGUGGACUGCUGGCAGUGUGCAGCUUCGCCGUGGGGUAUGUUCUAUGGAUGUGCUGGGUCCAUCACGUCACUGGCGUUUGGGUCUACCCACUGCUGGACCGCAUCGGCCCCCUCGCCAAGGUCACCUUCUUCUCCUCCGUGACUGCCUUGAUUAGCAUCUUCUAUGUCCUCGGGGAGGUCCUCAACAGCUACAUCUGGGACUCCUGGAGAUAUGCUGUGGACUCAGAGAAACCCAAAGCAGACUGAUACCGGGACCAGAGGAUUAAGAAGCCAGCGUUUGACCCCAUUACCCCCGUCCCUCCCCCAAAGAAAACAAAAGCUCUGGAGAUGUAGAAUUGACUCUAUCCACAACAAACCAAAUCAUACGCGAGGUUAGUUGCUGAGAGGAGCUUUCCUUGAUUAUUAAAACUUAAGAAGAGCCAAUCGUUCAGCCGAAGCCUCGCUUCAGAUUCCUGAGUAGAAUCGAAACCCGAGGAUUCGGCGUAAAGAAACGGCGCCGUCAGCACAGCGAGACGAGCUCCUAUAUCACACGAGGGUCUGUCCAUUCCAGCAUUUCUCUUCUCCCAUAAUGUAAUUCCAGUAUGAGCUCCCAAGCAUCAUUUGAGCUACAUUUUCCCCCUAUGUUGGCCAUGUUAGAUUAUUACUUUGCUCCGGGUGUAAUAUUUAUCUUAGGACGCACGGCCGUUCUGGCUGGAGCAGCGAGGGCGUCCUGUGAAACAUGGGACGUGCUUCUCUGGCAGCGCAAAGCUCACCAGCUCAGACUCCAGUUCCCUCGGCGACAGACCGAUGUCUCCCAGCCCCGUAGUGCGUUUCACAGCUGUACUCUGGAACGUGCUGUUCUGGGAGAGCGAGACUGUGAGGACGGGACCCCUUCCAGGCCCAGCCCGCCAUCGCGGCUCCGCGUGAGCGACGUCCCGCCAUUUGUUGUGCCACGCUGUUGAGUUCUUGCUGAGUGGUCUUCCAAUAAAGAGGUCGUUUUCUCUGCCCCGGCUCGGGUCCAGUUGCCGAAUGGGCUCUGAUCUAUCGCCAACCCGACGUGGCUCGUAAAAAGCACGGAUGCAUACACAUGCAUGACAAACCUCUUUUCACACUGUAAGCCCCCCUAAGCUCUGUGUGCUGAAGUCUUGGGCUGGAAAGGAAAAUGUUUAAAGCUAUUUAUCUGGGUGAUAAGAGUGUAUUUGUUGAAGAAGAAAAAAAAAAACCACACAAUUUAACAUUAAAAUAUAUGCAAAUAAUCAGCAACACUAUUAAAAACAACAUUUUUGUGGUCUCCAAA